AUGUGUUUAUGUCGCCGGGUCUUGUUGAUUUUUCUGCUAACAACCGGUUUCUACGAGUUUUUAAAAGCAGAAGAUGCCAUCCAUCAGUCUGGACUUAAAAUGCACAUCCACAGACCUAGAAAACAUCGAGCUGCUGGCUCCACAGAUGGCGACCUUCGCUUCGAGCCAGCGCCCUACAACAAGAAGUUGGAGUUGAACGGAGUCGGCAAGAUCCAUUGUAAAGUGGCAGGAGGUGUAGCACCAACCGUACAGUGGUUUAUGAAUGAUGAAGAGCCUCUCCCUGAAGGUGUGUCUUCAGCUAAUGGAACUCUGCUCAUUGCCGAAGCUAAGCGUGAACAUGCUGGUCUGUACACGUGCAAAGCGACGGACGGAGACAAAUCGAUUACUGCUAAGAUCACCCUGGAUAUUGUUGAAUGGUUUCUGUUUGUUCAGUUGCCCCCCCGAGUUCUUGAGCCCACGGCAGGACAGCAGGUCCACGUGAGAAUAGGAGACGACGUGUUCCUCAACUGCAAGGCGAUCGGAGACCCUCCCCCCACUAUACAUUGGGACAGGAAUAGAACUAUUCUGACUUCGCAGAGUGAUGAGGUGGACACGGAAGACGGAACAAAUGCGUCAUCUGCAAGAAUACUUUUGUUGAACAAUGGCAGUCUACAAAUACGGAAUGUGUCUGAACAAGACUCCUAUAGAUACGGCUGCACAGCGGGCAGUGCCGCGGGGCUUUCCAGGGCUGAACUGGAACUUAUCGUUCAUCCUGAGAGUGACCUGCUACCUUCAGAGUCGAGUGGAGUGGCGGGCAAGGCGGUGCUCGUGUCCAUCUCAGUUGCGGGCGCGUACAUGCUCUUGGUUCUGGCGCUCAUGGUCUACUGCAGACGACGCCGCUUAAAGCGUAGGCAACGAGCAGGUGAGAAAGAAGAGUUGGAAAUGGCUGAAGGUCGCGAGAAAUUGGUAGAAGAGGGAGAGGAGAAGAAAGUACAGAAUGGUGCUCCGUUGCACAACGGACGACUUUUACAUGAGAGAGAUAGUGGUGCAGACAAUUCUGAGGUGUCCGUUAUGUCUCGCGCGUCUAAGAAGUCCGGCCAAUACGAACAGUUAUCUAUACCUAAGUCGUUGCUCACUGAACAAAUUACCUUAGGUCGCGGAGAAUUUGGUGACGUGUAUCUAGCUAAGUUGGAUCUGUUGCAAGUGAAGAAAUUAAGAAACAAGGACGAAAGCGACACAGAGGCUAAAGUCAAACCAGUUCUGGUGAAGGCUCUGACUACAAAGGAUGAGAACCAACUAGCCGAGUUCCGACGUCAGCUGGAUUUGUUCAGUCGGGUCCGGCAUGAGAACAUUUCGCGACUCUUCGGUCUUUGCAAUGAGUCCGAUCCCCAUUACAUGGUGCUGGAGCAUACUGACUGGGGUGAUUUGAAAACCUUCCUGAUCGCCACUCGUACGGAUGAAGAGAAUGAGGAGUACAUUGCUAGAGUCGGUUCGUCCCACGCUCUGCCCAAGCCCCAGCAUUCGGUCCCACCGUUGGAGCACUUGCACAAGGUGGUGCUGGCCGGUCAGCUGGCCACAGCCGCCAACAAGAUAGCUAGCAAGCGGAUGACACAUCGUGACAUAGCUGCUCGUAACUGCUUGAUAACGUCUCAGUUGCAAUUGAAAUUGUCCUUCCCAGCGUUAACUCGAGGACCACACUCGCAUGAGUACUUCAAACUACACGAUCAGGUGAUUCCUCUCCGCUGGUUGCCCCAGGAGUCUGUCUUGGAAGGGGAUUACUCGACUAAGUCUGAUGUAUACAUGUUUGCCGCAGCCAUAUGGGAGAUAUACACAAAAGCCGAACAACCUUUCGCAAAGCUGAACGACAACUCGGUCCUGGAGAGACUUAAGAACGACACCCUCGAGUGGAACGUUCCGGGUUCGAUGCCUGACAAAUUGGCUGCACUCCUUAAACGAUGCUGGACGAAAUCGCCAACAGACAGACCACAAUUCACCGCGGUCUGCGAAGAAAUAUCCACGCUCAUUCAAGAAAUCAGCGCGGAGACUGUCUCGCAACAUUCUAAGGAUAAGAGCGAUUUAAAUGAAUAA